CAAUAUAUAAAUAGAGAGCAUGUGUAAAUAAUAUAUAUCUAUAAAAAACUAACUACUUUAAAGGAUACGCUGAAAUGUUUAAAAAAUUAAAAAACUUAAAAAGGUAAUAGCGUUCUCAUAAUAAUUAGAUAUCGAAUUGAAACUUGAACUUGAACGUGAACUUCUGUUCACCUUCAUCAGAGUUGCAGUCAAGAAGGAAUUCCAAAAAGAAAAAAACCGAUCGGAUUACAAAAAAAAAACUGUGUUUUGCUUGUUUGCUUCUGUUGACAAUGAUCGGACCUGUCGGAGGCGGAGCGCAUAAAAUUACAUUAACCAGGGGUGAUUCCGAAUGUUGCGGUCAGAAGAAACGGAAACGGACCUUUCCAUUUGAAUUCCAACCGAAAUUUCCGAAACCCCUGGUAUACUGGAUUAAUGUCGAGCCCAGGGUCUCUCCUGCUUCGCGAUCAACCGAGCCGGAGAGAGUCUGAACUGGAGAUAUAAUUGGUGUUAGCUUAUAUGGAAAGCAAAACAGCUGACCAAGAAGCGUGGGAAAGGUUCUGCAAUCUUCUGCAAUAUGUGGCGAGUUAGAAGCUGUACGUUUCGUGUGAUUCUCAGAGCUUUGGAGAUUCCUACUCGAGGGUAGGGCCUUUAUGGAUACCAGCCUUGUUGCUGAAUGGGCUACCCUCGGCUGGUAAAAUAAAGUUACUUACUUUACCUUACCUAACAAACUUGCAGACAAUCGUAAAACUUCCUUUUUUCAAUGCAGACAUGACACUACAAAGGACUCCUACAAGUCGAGCAGAAGUCAAACGACACGAAUACACUGACGUCAUUAUUCGUUCAUUCCAAUCACGUGACAGUCACGUGGUUCGCAACAUCUUUGCAGAAAGCAUGGGAGAAAUGCGUGGUCCCUUUGUCCGUGACGUCAUGUCACAGGCUAUUUUGUAUGGAUUGUUGCUAUUGCUGCCUGCAGGGCUUUUAAACCAUAUAUGGCCCCUUUGGUCGUUCAAGCUCUAUAUUUUAGUCCUAUUUGGUUUAUUACUUACCUUGUUCAUUGGAUUACACAUUGGUUUCUCGAGGUACAUUCAAACUUGCUUACACACAGAUUUAGACAAUGUGGAAAGUACCUACUUGUGUCAAACGAAAUCCCACAUGUGGGUGGCGGAGUUACACAAGAAAAUCAUCGGCAUGGUCGCUCUUGUUCCCCUGGACGACCACGAGGACAGCUUCGGAAGACGUCGGGAAACUGUCGGAAGGCUUCGGAGAAUGGCCGUUUUGCCCGAGUUCCGACGACUAGGGGUAGCUAGGAAACUGCUCAGUGAACUUAUAAAUCAUGCAAGAGAGAUAGGUUAUGAACAAGUCGUGUUAUUGACAACCAGCGCUCAACAGGCGGCGCUAAGUUUUUACCCAAAGCACGGGUUUCAGUUGGUGUCUAAAAGGCUUGCUAAUAGAGCUCUGAGAGGGUUCUAUCAUUAUGUGUACUGCUACGAUCUUGAAAGACGGAAUAAAGUUUCAUGAAGUUGAAAUUUCUCUUAUCUUUGGCUUGAAGGCAGUUAGGAAAGAGAGCUAGAGCUUUCAAUAAUGAGCUGUGACACUGUCGCUUAAAACUUAGUUAUCAAACCUUUUUCGAGGCCUGAUGCUCAAAUUCCUCAGUCAAGGAAGAAUUAUCUCCCGACAUAAGAUGAGGUUGGCAGCCAGCCAUCAUUGUUUAUCUCACGUACAGAAUUUUACCCCGUAAAACAUCACCACUACCCGACAAUAACAGAUGACUAGCAAGUGCGUGCGUUAUGGAAGAGGAAACGGGUCAACCCUGCUUCGAAAGAUACUGACAAAAAUAUGAAACAGUAACAAGCGUUCUUAAAAUGAAAUAAUUAUUUUCCCACAAAAGACCAUGAAACCAAACUUAGAAGAAUUCGAUUUCGAUAAACCAUGGAUAUUUCACAGUGGGUGAGGAACACCGCUUUUCUGAUCUCAAUUUAUGUUGGGUUUGAGAUCAGAAAGUAACUGAGUGCAGCCCCAUAUAAAAAGAACGGCGAUGCUCGUCGAAAAGAACCCCUCAUAAGAGGUACCAAAAUCCCGCUUUCUGAGCGU